AUGUUCGGUGGCGACUACAGCAGCUUCAGCGGCAUGGGUGGCGGCGCCUACGGAGGAUAUGGUGCAGGUGCUCAGCACCCGGGUAGUGCCCAGCAGGGUGGCUACCCGAAUGUCUUCGGCAGCAGCGCCGCUUCCUACGGCAGUUACCCCGGUAUGGGGAGUGGCAUGAUCCCCACGCAGUCCCGAGGUGGUGGCUACCGUAACGAACAGGACGCUUCUGCCUACGCCUCGAUGUAUGGCCAGCAGGCGGCUUCCUCUUACCCCGCCUUCUUCGGCCACCAGCAGCCUGCAUACGAUAUGCAUGCGGGAGGCCCGCAUGUCCAGAACAUGGCUUUGCCUUACGGAACUAUGGCUCCUGGUGGUCUUCCCAAUGGGUUCAGCCGCUACUCGACCAUGGGUGGUGGCGGUAAUUCCUUUGGCCCGUUCUCGGGCGCUUACAGUGGGUACCAGGCUGAAACGCCUGAGCCUGCUGAGCAGCACGAUGAGGAGAGCUAUGGCGCCCCCUCGUACAAUACUGAGGGCAUGUCGAGGACUAUGCAGUUCGCCCUCGGCCUCCAGUGA